CCGGGACCGACGCGGCGACCGACGCAGCGCUUAUUUGGGGCGUACGACGCCGCCAGGUAACGGCAUUCAUCGCCCAGUGCUGCGAACGAUGGCCGAUUGCAUCGAUCUCACCGUAGAUAGCGACGAUGAGGCGCGGAGGAAGCGGGUGGCUCCAGCGCCAGCUCCAGCGCCGCGCGCGCCAGCGCCAGCGCCCAAGCGGCGCAAGAAGGACAUCCUCGACACAUCCUCCGACGAGGAAGAGGAAGAGGCAGCCGCGCCAGUCGCCGCACCCGCGCCGGCCGCGCCGGCGCCGGCGCCGGCGCCCGCCGCCGCGCCCGAGGCAGACCCGACGCCCCCAAAGUGCAAGACCUGCGGCGCGCCGUGCGAGCUCCGGACGGCCCGGUCCGCGAAAAACGACGGGCGCCGCUACUGGAAGUGCCCCCAACACGAGGACGCCUGGGUCGGCUGGGCCGACGCCAAAGGCGUCAAGGGCGGCGGCAAGAUCUCGAAGGGCGGCCAGAGCUUCGCGGACAUCCGCAAACAGGAAAAGCGCGAAGCGGCGGGCACCGAGACGCGCGCGAAGCAACGCAACGAGACUGGGGGUAGAGGCAACGUCUUCGGCUUUGAUAACAGAAGAGGCAUCAAGGGCGUCGUGUCCAAGGAAACGGAAAGGAAAGAUCCGAACGCGUUCAAGGGCGUCGACGCGUCCGCCGUGCGGCGGGCGGCGCAGGGGCCCGCGGGACCGGUCCGCGGCUCGCAGCGCGGUGACGCGGACGAGCUGCGGCGCAAGCGCAUGGCGCGCUUCGGAGGGGGCGCGGCGACGGCGACGCGGCCCUAA